GCAGUGUUGGUGGCUCCAGGACCAGGGUUGGGAACCACUGCGUUAGAUAACAGUUGGCGGACGUGCGGAGAGAGUGUGUACUACAGGAUCAUUUCCUCAUGCAAAAUCACAGACGGAACCGCCUCUAUAGUUGUUGAACUGUGUUUUAAGUGUUAGGUCUGACGACCUAAUCGAAGAAAAUGAAUAAUGACCAUAGUUGACAAACCUCCAGAGAAACCUGACCUGGAGUCAGUGCGGUGCAAGCACUCCAGCUCCCUGACACCUUUCUCCUCCAGAGAUAUGGAGCGCAGUAGCUCGAGCUGGAGUGUUGGCGUUUCUGCCACUGAGCUUUCAAGGGCCAAGACUGCCUGUAUGGCCCCGACCAUUGGAGUGACUGUGAACAGUAGUAAUAACACAGCACUUCAAGUCGAAAGGCCCAGAGAGCAAGUGGUCAUGACCAGUGGGGAUGGCAUUGCUCUUCCUCAGAAAGUCCUGUUUUCCCCAGACCGGCUUUGCUUGAAAUGGAACCAGGGCCACCGUGUUGGAGCAGGUCUCCAUAACCUGGGCAACACAUGUUUCCUGAACUCUACCCUGCAGUGUCUGACCUACACGGCUCCCCUUGCCAACUACAUGCUGACCAGAGAGCAUUCCAAAACAUGUCAUGAGCCGGGGUUUUGCAUGAUGUGUACCAUGCAAAAUCACAUCAUCCAAGUGUUCGCCAACUCUGGAAAUGUCAUUAAGCCUAUCAGUGUGCUUAAUGAGCUAAAACGGAUUGGAAAGCAUUUCAGAUUUGGAAGUCAAGAAGAUGCUCAUGAGUUCUUGAGGUACACAGUGGAUGCUAUGCAAAAGUCCUGCCUGCCUGGAAACAAAUUGGACAGGCAGACUCAGGCAACCACUUUUGUACAUCAGAUAUUUGGGGGUUAUCUGAGAUCCAGAGUCAAAUGUUUGAAUUGCAAAGCAGUUUCUGAUACAUUUGACCCAUUCCUGGAUAUUUCACUGGAGAUAAAGACGGCUCAGACACUCAGUAAGGCUUUUGAGCAAUUUGUUAAGCCUGAGCAACUUGAUGGGGACAAUGCUUAUAAAUGCUCCAAAUGUAAGAAAAUGGUUACCGCCUCAAAGAGAUUCACCAUACAUCGCAGUUCUAAUGUUCUCACCAUCUCAUUAAAGCGGUUUACCAACUUCAGUGGAGGAAAAAGUACAAAGGAUGUGAGAUACACAGAGUAUCUAGAUUUGUGCCCAUUCAUGUCUCAGUCACAUGGGGACCCACAAAUCUAUGCUCUGUAUGCUGUGCUGGUUCAUUCUGGCUUCAGUUGCCAUGCUGGACACUAUUACUGCUACAUUAAGGCUAGCAAUGGGCAGUGGUAUCAGAUGAACGACUCAUCGGUAUCUCUCAGCGACAUAAGAACAGUGCUUAAUCAGCAAGCUUAUUUGCUGUUCUACAUCAGGUCACCUGAUGCAAAAAAUGGAAGUGAUUUUAGCCAGAUGAAUCAUACUCCAGGCCAGUCAUCUCCUCGACCAUCCAUUCCAGUCAAGAUGAAUGGGCCUCAGUACACCUCCACAUCCUUCAUUGGCCCUCAGCUGCCACCUCAUAUGCUAAAGAACUCGUCGUACAUAAACGGGAAUGGUUCUUCAAAGGAAUACCAUGGUGGCUCCAAACCCAACAGAAGUUUCUGUGGUGUGACCAAAUUAGGCUCUGGCCUAUCUCAUACGUCCUCUUCUGCAUCCGCAUCCUCUUCUACUUCACUUGUUCGGACCGUGGGCAUUCCUGACUCAUCCAAGAGGCCGAAGUUGACUUUUAUCAUUGGUCAGAACAAACCUGUGAGACCUACUCGUACCCAGUCAAGCCCUAACUGCUCUUUAUCUUCAGCCUCUCACCCUCAGCCCACAUCUUCUAGCACCUCAGUGUCUACCUCAGGCUUCUCACAGGUCAAUGGAACUCACACUCGAGCUUCUUUCUUGGUUCCUUAUGGUCCGGAAUCAUCUGAGGAAUCCGACCAAGAGGCUGGAGCCAUGGAGAAUGGAUCAGUUAAGCCUUAUCUUGCUCCUAAGGUAACCAAUGAGAAUGGGGUAAAGGAUGACACCCAGUCCCACAAUUCCAGUUCACUGCCUCGGCUUACCCCGAAGACAAAUGGAUCUAAUGGCUUUCCAGAUUUACAUGUGCGUGAAAAUGGAUCAGGACCUACCCACAAAUCCCAGAAUGGCCUUCCCAAAGCCAAUGGUUUUAAUCAUGCUGAUAAGGUUGUGGGUGCACCACAUUCUUCAUCACAGAUUGCUAAUCAAUCUAAUAGUUCAGACAUGCAAUUCAGCUUGAAGCCUGGAAACAGUGAGUCAAGCAGCUCCAAACCACCAAGUACUGAUGGCCAGACAUGUUUCUCACCUUCAAGAAAAAGUAUGAACCCUUCUUCAGACUCUUCAUCUCAGUCUGCUUCACAGGUACAGUCUGCAUCUUCAUCUGAUGCAUCAUUGGUCUCAAAGACUACAGACACUGACCUUCAUGCCCAGACAGCUUCAAAAGAUGAGCUGAUUCAGGGCCAUGACGCCCAUGCAGAGGCUGGCAUGUCAGGUCUUCAGGGCAACAACAGUCUCAGCCUUCAUAUUGGUGAUGGUCAUACAAGUCCACACAGGUUAAAGGAAGAGAUCAGGUGCAGUGAAGGAGAAAGCAAAGAGUCCAAGCCAUCACACUUAGACAAGUUUGGCUCUGGAGAUGGACGGAGCGAUGACCGGAAUAGGGUUUUAGAGUGCCCACAAUUAUCUUCAACUGUGAAAGACAGCGACCGGUACAGACACUAUAGGGAAUACAACGAAAGAAGCCGGAGCCGCUAUGGUCAUGGCAAUCGGGAGAGUUGUCCCUUUAGAGAGCGUUCCACCAGUAGAGACCGGCAUCACAGAGAUCACUGGGACAGAUUCUCACAUCGUCGAGAGCACCACUAUUCCCAAAGAAGACCCAGAGAGGAACGCGACCGGAGUAGGGAUAGGAGAUUUGUGAAUGACUCUUAUCGUCCUUCUGGACACCAUAACCGGGAUGGAUAUUCCAGUCACAGCCAUCGUGGGGUGGAUGGUGGCUAUGGAAGGGUGUCCCAUACAGUGAAUGGUUCAAAAGUAAGACCCUCAUCUCCACGUUCUGUCAGCCCACUGCCCCGACAUUACAAGCGGAAACGCAGUCCAUCGGCUGAUGCCAGACAAAGUUCUGAUGAGUGCAGAGCGAAGAAAUACAAAAAGAAAAAGAGAAACAAAGAAAGGCACAGGCACUCAGAGAAGGACCCAUCUGAGGGCAUUGAGGAUAGCAGCUCAAAGAGACAUAAAAAGAAGAAGAAAAAGAAGAGGAGGGAGGAUGAGGAGAGGCCUCACACUAGGAGAGACGUCACUCCGAGGCGGGAAGAGCAUGAUUCUAGAGCUAGGAAUGGUGCAGAGAAAGGAAGUCUGCACCACAGCUCUGAGUCUCUUCACAAUGUCCACCAAGACCAUAUGGAGGACCAGCAACAGCUCAAUAGACACAAAGCUAAUGGCCUGAGCUGUUACAGUGGAAGUGAGCUUGAGCAUACUGGGAUGGAUAAAGACAAAUACAAAUAUUUUGAUUAUUCUACCACUGUCAACGGCACAAAGACACUCUCAAAUGGAAAUGGAGAUGUAUGUCACAGGACCCUUUCAGAUGUUGAAUUGCACAACUCUGACUGUUCUCUGGUUUUCACAGAAAGCCACACAUCCUCACUAAAGACUCUGAAAACCACCCAUGCAAGCAUGUGAAAAACAAAAUCUACAGCUACAGUUCCUGACAUGGUGCUUAACAUUUAGAACAUACUGUAUUUUUACCACGAGAUGAAUUUUAAAGUUUCAUUAUUUUUUUUUUCCGUUUUUCUUUAUUUUUAAGGCUAUGGAUUUUUUUAGUACACUGUACAUAAACGAACUUUGAUCAUGGAAAAAAAAUCUAUAUAAAGUUAAUAUAUGCGAUUAAAACAAAAGCCUGGAGCUUAACAUCAGAAUUGCUGCUCAGACAUACAGACUCAGGAUUUUCUCACUUGUGAAGAUGAGACAAGCGCUCCCUUUAAGGAAUCGAACCUGGGAACGACAAGAACAUUUAUAUGCUGCAUCGGUGGAGAAAGACUGCUGGUCUCUUGGCUUCAAGCUAUGAUGUCACCAUUUUCACGUAUCGGUUGAGAGAACUGUCUCAAAGGAGCAGCCUUUGCUAAUGCUACAUGUGCACUUACAUCAGUUAACCUGGACACACUUGAGGACAUAAGAUGUUUGCUUUGCUGUCUCUUGUACCUCUCCUUUUUUAGCGUCUCACUGUAUUACUCUCUAUCUGAAAUUCCUCAAACCUAUCUAGAAUGCAAGUUCAUUGCAUCUUUUUUGUUUUUAAUUCUCACUGUUUCGUUUUCUUGAAUCCGCUUUGAUUUUAGUCAAGAUAAUACUGUGAAUUUAAGUUGAACUGUACUAUCAGUUGUUUGUUUUUGGUCCUGUAUCAGGAGUUCAAUAGAGACACUUUCUGUAAAGCCACUCGUAAUGUAGACCAUGUUCUCUUAACAUGUCAACUUUUUUUUUUCUUCAGCAAAACGAAACCGACAUGAAAAAUGGUUAUAUUCAACUUCAUUUUACUGUAGCAUGUCAAAGUAAAUGUAUACAGUGUACAAUAUGUUGAGUGAGAGGAAACGGCCUUAAUGUCUGAAAUUGUAAUAUUUUCUCUCACUAUGUUUACAACAUUUUGUUGGAGUGAAUGAACAUGUAUGUGAAGUGUUUGGUUUUGUAAAGGGUGGGGUUUCCUUUUUACAUAUAAAGAAUGAUUUGUGA